CUAAUUACAUAUUCUCGUUUGAUUUACAUAUAUUUCUCCAUCGCGCAUCUCUCCCCAAGCACGAUCUUAUUAAUCGAAUCGAGAAGCCAUGGAUAACAGCAGCAGCAUCAACUCCAACGCCUCUAACGCGUCCAAUCUGAGCACUGCUUCCUUCGAAAAGAUCGAUCAGGCAGCGAGCUGGGUGGGCACAACCGUCAUAUCCGCCUUCUUCGCCUCCCUCGAGCGUUUCUCCUGCGUUAAUCUAUCAACCUCCGACGAUGAUGACGAAGAUGACGACGAAUCCCACAGCCGUCCCCUUGCUCUCUCCCCCGCUCCUCACCCAGACGACAUUGUUUAGCUACUCCGCUAAUCCCUUUCACGGAUUCCGUUUCUCCUAAUCAGAUCUGGAUGCAUGAUUCUCAGAACUUUUGAUUGAUUGUAUAUGCCUUAUUCCUUGCUUGUUCUUCUUUCUUGACUU